GCAGCGUCCCCUCAGCCCCGCGGCCCGGCAGCGUGCAGAGCGUUCGGCUCCCGCCUCCCUCCUUCCCUCUUGUCGGAGGCUCUGCUCUGUUUCUCCGGCCCUGCCGAUACCUGUGGAGUGGCCCGCGAAGAGUCCGUCCCUCUACCCGCAUCUCCUUCCUUUGGGCAGGGAAUGGGGCGCUGGGAGCACCUGGCGCAGAGGUUUGCUGCCUCUUGAGCCGUCCCGCACCUCGUUGUGCCCGCGCAGCUCCGGGGUUUGGCUUUCUGCCGGUGGGGUUUGGCUGUCCAACGCCCGCUGAGCCUGGGAACAGCAGCGGUGACACAUCAUGUGCCAGGCGCAAUCCAGGUGGCUGAAGGAUGCCCCUGGGAGAUCUCAAUAGGCACCGAAGGCCUCAAACUUUUGUAGGCGUGAAAAGCGAAGAAAUUAGAAUUGUUUCUGAAAACUCUUUCAAAGAAACCUGGUUCCAGCUUCCAAACGGCUGAAAAAAGCCCCAACGUCUGCUCUAGUGCUCGGAAGGUGAAGGCUGCAGGGCAGGAGUGCUUCCCCCGCCAUCCUGCUGGGAGCUGGUGCCUGUGCUGUGCUGGGAAUGGAAAGCCACGAACGAGACUUGGCAGUGGUCUGUUUUAUGUGACGAUCUGAGGUCCCCAGGAUGACCUAGCACUUACCUUCACAAACUGGGCCAAGUGAAAGGCCGAGGUGACUUGAAAGAACCCUAGAGGUGGGACCAGGCCAGGAGCAAAAGCGAGUCCCAACCUGAUUGUGUCUGGUCAGAGCUAUAUAUUCUUCUUAAGAGACGCGUUACUGGAGCAGACCUGGAUCUUUUAGCAUCCACUUGAGCUGGAAGCAGCUCGUAGUUUGUUUUGUUUUCUCGUUUUGUUUUGUUUUUUUAAUUAAUGUUUGUACAAUCUUCUGGAUGUUUUUUUUCAAGAAGGAGUAAAAGGGAGUGUUGGAAACAAACAAACAGGAUUAAAACCCUGAGCGCUUAAGGAAGACAGGUUAAGGAACUUAAUCCAGGAUGGAUAUGCAGGAGCCUCAGCAGCUGGGUAUGUUUGGAGAGAGCGAGCUGAUGUCUGUGGGGAUGGACACUUUUAUCCAUCGCAUCGACUCUACUGAAGUCAUCUACCAGCCACGGCGGAAAAGGGCCAAGCUCAUCGGCAAGUACUUGAUGGGAGACUUGCUUGGAGAAGGAUCUUAUGGCAAAGUGAAGGAGAUGCUGGACUCUGAAACCCUCUGUAGGAGAGCUGUGAAAAUUCUGAAGAAGAAGAAGCUACGCAGAAUUCCCAACGGGGAGGCAAACGUGAAAAAGGAAAUCCAGCUCCUGCGACGACUGCGACACAAAAACGUUAUCCAGUUGGUGGAUGUGUUAUACAAUGAAGAGAAGCAGAAAAUGUAUAUGGUGAUGGAGUACUGCGUGUGUGGGAUGCAGGAGAUGCUGGACAGUGUCCCAGAAAAGAGGUUUCCAGUUUUUCAGGCUCAUGGGUACUUCUGUCAGCUUAUAGAUGGCUUAGAGUACUUGCACAGCCAAGGGAUUGUCCACAAGGAUAUAAAACCUGGGAACCUCCUGCUGACCACCAAUGGGACGCUGAAAAUAUCUGAUCUGGGCGUAGCAGAGGCAUUGCAUCCAUUUGCAGAGGAUGACACGUGCCGAACGAGCCAAGGGUCGCCAGCAUUCCAGCCACCAGAAAUUGCCAAUGGCCUUGAUACCUUUUCAGGCUUUAAAGUAGACAUCUGGUCCGCAGGGGUGACGCUAUACAACAUUACAACGGGUCUCUACCCCUUUGAAGGGGAUAAUAUAUAUAAGUUAUUUGAAAACAUCGGGAAAGGUGACUUCACAAUUCCAGAGGAUUGUGGUCCUCCACUCUCAGACUUGUUGAGAGGGAUGCUUGAAUACGACCCAGCCAAGAGAUUUUCAAUACAGCAGAUAAGGCAGCACAAUUGGUUUCGUAAGAAACACGCUCAGGCAGAGACUCUGGUGCCCAUACCUCCUAGCCCAGAAACAAAGGACAAGUGGAGAAGUAUGACGGCGGUGCCUUAUCUGGAAGAUCUGCAUGGCUACAAUGAGGACGAAGAUGAUGACUUGUAUGACAUUGAAGAUGAUAUCAUCUACACUCAGGACUUCACAGUACCAGGUAGGAGGGAAUGAUGCUGGAAUGAGAACAGAGGUGACUCUUUGUCCAUUCAGAGUGUUUUAGGAAAGGCCUUGGGGUCUGAACGCAUCCUCCCAGCAGAGGAAGAGAGCAUUGAUUAUUAAGUGAUGUGAGUGACUCACAGCCAGCGAGCCGUGAUGCUCUGGAUGCUUUGGUCCUUUAUUUGAUCAGCCAGGAUGUCCCUUCCUGUGUGCUGCCCAUCUGCUGAUUUCCUUCCUUCAUCCAGUAAUAGCUUGCUCCUGCUGAACUGUUGUUCAAGCACACUUAAUUCUCUUGGUUGGCUUUGCUAGGCUCGCUGAGUUAUUUUGGAGCACAGCCCUGAAAUGACUCAGUGUUCGAGUAGAUGGCACAUCUGGGAGAGAAGGGUGCUUGUAGCCUUGUGCUGAGCCUUUUUUUUUUCUGCUCUACUCUUGAUAACUCAGUGUCAGAAUUGCCCCUUUCUUUAUGGGGGGCUUCCUGUUGUGUUAAGGUAAGCCAAACAAGUAAGAGGAGGAGGGUGUGGAUCCAGCCAUGUGGUUUUUGCAGUGGUGGUGACUGAGCUGUGAUUCUUUCUCUGCCCCCUCUGCACUUGUGAGCAGCAAACUGAAAGCAUUUCCGUGCUACCACUGCAGGCAAAGCCUGCUUGGCUUUACAGCUCUCCAGCAGCAGUGCUGAUUCACUUCAUGACGGCGUGACAGGAGUUAUCUGGCUGAGCUUUCCAUGUCACAGGGAAAGCCCUGGUUUCUGUAGCUUAAGGCUAACCACGCUGCUUUGGUUUCUUCCUUAAUGACAGCUCAGUUGGCUUCUCUCAGUGAAAUCCAAGUCUGAUUUUACCUGUGCAGGAUUCUCAUACCUGAAGGCCCUGCUUUUUCUCUUCAUUUUCUGGUUAGGUGAAAACUUCUUGAGGCACGAGCACAGAAGAAUAAAGCAUUAGGCCUUGAAUAGCAAUAAACCUCAUUGUGCCCAGAAUACCCAAAACUUCUUUGAGAGAACCCCCGUUGCCCCUCGUGGCAGAGCUUUCUGAGGGCAGAAGAGCUGAAACAGCUCAGCUUACAGCCAGGCUCGCUUUGUUGGGUGUCA